GUGCCAGUGUAACGGAAGUGGUACUGCCCUGAACGCUGAGCGAGACGGAGGACGGAGGCAAUCGUCCAGAGAGAGAAAAAAAAAAGCAGGAUUAAAAGCCGCCAAUAUUUCUAGAAAAUGGAUAAGAACGAUCUGGUACAGAAGGCCAAGCUUGCUGAGCAGGCUGAGCGCUAUGAUGACAUGGCCGCAGCCAUGAAGUCGGUGACGGAGCAAGGUGGGGAGCUGUCAAAUGAGGAGCGCAACCUUCUCUCUGUUGCCUACAAGAAUGUGGUAGGCGCACGCCGUUCAUCCUGGCGCGUCAUCUCCAGCAUCGAGAAUAAGACUGAGGGCAAUGACAAAAAACAGCAGAUGGCACGUGAAUACCGGGAGAAGAUUGAAUCUGAGCUUCAGGAAAUCUGCCGUGAUGUGCUCGGGCUACUGGACAACUUUCUCAUUACCAACGCAACUGCUGCUGAAAGCAAGGUGUUCUACCUGAAAAUGAAAGGCGAUUAUUAUAGAUACCUCUCUGAGGUUGCAUCUGGGGAUGCCAAGAAGGAUACAGUGGAAAACUCCCAGCAGGCGUACCAGCAAGCUUUUGAAAUUAGCAAGGGGGAGAUGCAGCCAACACACCCUAUCCGGCUUGGCCUGGCCCUCAACUUCUCAGUCUUCUACUAUGAAAUCAGAAACAACCCGGACAAGGCCUGCAGCCUGGCUAAAACGGCAUUUGAUGAAGCCAUCGCUGAACUUGACACUUUGAACGAGGAUUCUUACAAAGACAGCACCCUGAUCAUGCAACUACUAAGGGACAACCUGACUCUGUGGACAUCAGAAAACCAGGCAGAUGAGGGAGAGACCGGAGACGGGGAAAACUAAUGGAAUUGCACUGUUAAUCCACCUACACUCUUAUCUUAAACACAGACAGCUUAUAUACAUCCCCCUCCACUCCAUCAGCUCCUCCCACUUCUGUAUGACAAGCAGUCUGAAUUGCUCCUGACCAACUAGUUUACCCCUCUCAGUUCACUGUGAGGUGACAGGGUAAUUUUCAGUUAGCAGAUUCAGUCACUUUGUGGAAACAUGUUGUAUUGAUUAGUGAGUCCAUGUUGCUGUUUUUUUUUUUUUGUCGGCUUUGUGUGUGUGUGUGUGUGUGUGUGUGUGUCUGUAUGUAUGUAUGUAUGUAUGUAGCGAGUGAGCAAGUGUGAAAGGAUGAGAAAGAUGGUGUGUAUGGUCUGGGGGAGGGGGGUGUUGUGAAUUCUAGUCGUCCUUCCAAAUCCCUUUGUCCCAGCUGGUUUGUUGUGCAUUUUUCAUCCCUUUUUUUUUUUUUUUUUUUUGUUACUUUCUUAUUUGUGAUUCCUCAUAUUUACAGGUUUUAUUGUAUGGUAAUUAAACUGGCAGUUGAUUUCCACCAAACACUGUGAUGGUAGGCGUCCCAUUUGCUUCACAACCCAGAACAGUUUUAUUUUUGUGUUUGAAUUUUCCAGACACACGUACAAUCCUGUAUUCAACUAACUGCAAUUCUGCUGUGGGCUCAUACAGAAAGGAGGCAGGCUGUAUUGUGACACUGACAUCUUGGUGUAAUGCUCCUUGAUCAUGUUCACAAAUUCACAGUUUCAAAAGUUUUAAGGGACCCCUUAAAUUGUCAUGUUAGAUUUGUUCAGACAUCAGACAUUCCACGUUAUUAGGCUUUUGGAAAGGCAGUGAUCCUUUCUUGGGGUUUUUUUUUUUUUUUUUUUUUUUUUUUGAAACUAAGUAUGGAUUGUCAUUGUAGUUUUACUCACUGUUCAGGUGCUGCUUGAUCUCAGUACAAUGGAAAUUGUAUGUGCGUAAAUGUGGUUCCAUGUAUUUUGCAAGAUUGACUAUCAUCUGUAUGUAAAACCUAAAGUAACCUUUUAUUGAUGUUAAUUGAAAAAAAAAAUGUCUUACCACACUGUAUCGAUCCUGCUUGCAAAAAUAUUCCUCUUAAAGCGGUUGUUUUCUCCAAAAAAAAAAAAAAAAAAAGCAAAACAAAAAAAAUUCUGUGCCUGGCUUUCUCUUGCAGCCUCUAUUUUCAUUAUGGUGGCAGCACCUGCUUGUUUCUAGAAAAAACUUAAGAACGAGUUAGACCAGACGAACCCAAAUAGCUAAAUCUCGACCUCAGUUUUUACCCCAGGUGCAUUUCUCUGCUGUUAAAAGAUUGCUGGUGUGAAUGAUUGCCUCAAAAAUCAGGUCUAUUCUGAAGGUGCAAUUCGGAGAAGCCCAAUCCAUCACUUUGGAAAAGAAGCUCAGUGUCACAAUACCAUGUAUCACCACUACAUUCCACAUAUUGUAGUUGAAGACACCAUUCCACAUUAUAGCUGACAGUCUGUUUAUUCUGACAAUGCUCCAAUGAAUUGAAAUAAUCUUAUGUUUGAAAAAAAAAAAAAAAAUCAUGUCAGUUUAUUAUUAUGCUUGAUGAAAAAUGCAGUUAGUGAAUGUGGAACGAAGCCUGUCUGUAUAUCAGGUAUCUACUUGCUUUGUUUUUACUGACAAGUCUUAUGGCUAAAAAUUUGCUUCUGUAACAGUCUAUUACCCAGUGCACACACGUGGUUGUGAAAAUUUAGAAUAGCUCUAAAAAGCAAUGACGAAAUGGAGAUAAACAAUGGUUGGUGUAAUUCUAGCUUUGUGUUUAUGUAUCUUAAAACCAUUCUAGUUUCACUAUACAUGUAAGAAAUAGGAAAGUGUCAAAGACCAUUCAGUGAAAUAAAGUUUCGUUUAAGAUAA